AGCCGCUGCCUGGCCAUGGGUCAUACAUUGCUGGUCCUCCUCCUGUCUGCAACAGUGUCUCUCCUGGGUGGACUGAUAUUCGGAUAUGAGCUGGGGAUUAUCUCUGGUGCUUUACUGCAGCUGCAGAUGGACUUCCACCUUAGCUGCUUCAAACAGGAAGUCCUUGUGAGCUCCAUGCUCACUGGGGCUCUCCUUGCCUCCUUGGUUGGGGGCAUCCUCAUUGACCAUCAUGGAAGGAGGAGAGCAAUCCUGGUUAGCAACCUGGUCUUGUUUUGUGGCAGCCUUAUUCUGACACUGGCUGGGUCAUUUAUGUGGCUGGUAUUUGGACGCAUGACCAUAGGGUUUUCCAUUUCUGUGUCAUCCAUGGCAUGCUGUAUAUAUGUCUCAGAAAUGGUGGCUGCUCAUCAGCGAGGGCUGCUGGUGUCUCUCUACGAAGCUGGCAUCACGGUGGGCAUCUUAGCUUCAUAUGCACUGAACUACAUAUUCUCAGAAAUGGCUGAAGGAUGGAGAUACAUGUUUGGACUGGCUAUUGCACCUGCUGUAGUACAGUUUCUCAGUAUCCUCUUCCUCCCAGUUAACCCCACUAAAUUCAACUCAGGUGACUGCGACUCCCAGCAGGGCCUCAUUCAAUUACAUGAAGAUGGGGAGGAAGCAAAACUAGAAUCACAUAAGGAAAAGCCUUAUUCAUUUCUUGAUCUUUUUAGGUCUCGAGACAACAUGAGAAACAGGACUCUGGUUGGCCUGGGCUUGGUGCUCUUUCAGCAGUUCACUGGGCAGCCCAAUGUCCUGUGCUAUGCUUCCAAAAUCUUCCGCUCAGUGGGAUUUCAGAGCAAUUCUUCUGCUGUCCUGGCUUCAGUUGGGCUUGGUGUGAUGAAAGUGAUUGCAACACUAAUUGCAAUGGCCUGUGCAGACAAGGCUGGCAGAAGAGUGUUACUGAUUGCUGGAUGCAUAGUGAUGUCUUUCUCUGUCACCAUCAUUGGGCUCACCAGCUACACCAUUCCACUAGACAUGGCCAGAGACUGUCAGACUGAUGGAGACCCCAAUGCUUCAUACAAUAUAGCACAACAUGCCAUAAAUCCGGGAUCCUUCCAGCCAGCUGCAUCAUAUAUUCCACUGACUUUAGCUGCUGGCAAAAGUCGAACGAGUCCCCAUCGUGCUGUUACAGGACCAGAAGGCCUAACAAAAGCCUAUGCUAAUACUAGAAGCAGAGAGAUCAUUACAGAUUCUUCCCACACUCAGAGAAAGUACCUGCUAACCCAGUCCAAUAAAGAGAUGGUGCAAGACACUAGCCCUUCUUUCAGUGAUGGUCUUUCUAGGGAACAUAUGGUUUUAAAUUGGAUUACGCUGCUGAGCAUGAUGGCUUUUGUAAGCGCAUUCUCAAUUGGAUUUGGACCAAUGACGUGGUUGGUCCUCAGUGAGAUCUACCCUGCUGGAAUAAGAGGAAGAGCCUUUGCUUUCUGCAACAGCUUUAACUGGGCCGCUAAUUUACUGAUUAGCCUCUCGUUCCUUGAUCUUAUUGAUGCCAUAGGCUUAUCAUGGAUGUUUCUUCUUUAUGGAUUGGUGGGAGUAGCAGCUGUUGUGUUUAUUUAUUUUUUUGUUCCGGAAACAAAAGGACAGUCCCUAGAAGAGAUAGACCAGCAGUUCUCACGGAAACGGUUACUGAAAAGGAACAUAGCCAGGCGAAGAUCUGGAAAGAGAAGAGGAGACUUUACACAUGGUCAGUACGAAAGGGUGGAGCACUCCAGCACCUCAUGAAAUGCACCAUCUGUAUGUGUCACGUUGGACACAAAAAGAGUCUGUGACGUCUGAAGAUUUUUUUCUCAUUAUCUUCAACAUAAUGUAGUCACCUAUUUAGAGAAGAGUUUAGUGAGCCCUGUGCUCAUCACAGUGCCUUACGUCUCAAGAUAUGGAUAUUAGCAAUGCUAUUGUGUCCCUCUAUACACAACCUAUGUACACAACACUCGCAUUCUUGACUCUUGGGUAGAAACCAUCCCAUGGCUCUGGUAGCUUUUUAUUUAAGAGAGACCAUGGUUUGGGGUUCCCAGUGCUAACUGAACUGACAUUUUUUGUAUUUGAAAAAUAAAGCACAAAUAUGCUGAGAA